AUGACUGAAGUCACUGUACCUGCCUGCUUCCUGUGCCUUCUCGCCUUGUCGUCUGCCUGCUACAUCCAGAACUGCCCCAGAGGUGGCAAGAGGUCCUAUCCAGACACAGAAGUCCGACAGUGCAUCCCAUGUGGCCCCGGCAACAGAGGGAAUUGCUUUGGUCCUAAUAUUUGCUGUGGUGAAGAUCUGGGAUGUUAUAUUGGUACCCCUGAGACCCUGCGCUGUGUAGAAGAAAACUACUUACCUUCUCCCUGUGAAGCUGGAGGAAAGCCGUGCAGCAGCAACGGUAGAUGUGCCGCUCCAGGGAUCUGCUGCAGUGAUGAAAGUUGCAGUCUGGAUUCUGACUGUUUGGAUGAUGAAAGCGAGAGACGACGGGGCCCUUCAGAGAAGAAUACGACGCUGAUGGACGGCUCUGCCAGUGAUUUCCUCCUGAAGCUCAUGCAUAUGGCUAACAGACAAGGCAAACACCAGUUUUAUUGA